UCAGACGACACGUGCAUCGCCUGCUGAUGGUGGUAGCGAGCAUUGUGUACGCCUGUGUACUGCAUAAUUUGUAGACAACUCAAUUUCCCUAAACUUGUGAGGAGGGUCGCAUAUUGUUUGUAAAUGGGGGGUCUUCAAAAGAAAAAGUUUGAGAGGGGCUCUGCCACCAACUACAUCACCAGAAACAAGGCUCGUAAGAAGUUACAGCUGAGCCUCCCGGACUUCAGGCGACUGUGCAUUCUCAAAGGCAUCUACCCUCAUGAGCCCAAGCACAAGAAGAAAGUGAACAAGGGCUCUACAGCCCCAAGGACUUUCUACCUGCUCAAAGACAUCCGCUUUCUGCUGCAUGAGCCAAUCGUUCGAAAGUUCAGAGACUACAAGGUAUUUGUUCGCAAACUUAAGCGGGCUUAUGGAAAAACAGAAUGGUCUGCAGUGGAGAGACUGAAAGAGAACAAACCUACCUAUAAAUUGGACCACAUCAUCAAAGAAAGGUACCCCACCUUCAUUGAUGCCCUCCGUGAUAUUGACGACGCCCUUUGCAUGGGCUUCCUCUUCUCCACCUUCGCCCGAACGGGAAAAUGCCAUGUGCAGACAAUCCAGCUGUGCAGGCGCCUCACUGUGGAGUGGAUGAACUAUGUGAUCGCAGCUCGUGCUCUCAGAAAGGUUUUCAUCUCCAUCAAGGGAAUAUAUUAUCAAGCCGAGGUGAUGGGACAGCUCAUUACAUGGCUGGUGCCAUAUCAGUUCUCCCAUGAUCACCCAACAGAUGUUGACUACAGAGUCAUGGCAACUUUCACAGAGUUGUACACCACUCUUCUGGGGUUUGUCAACUUCAGACUCUACCAUUCCCUCAACCUGCUCUACCCACCAAAGCUGGACAGUAAAGCAGAGUCAGAGCUGAAGGACGAGAAUGAGGACGACUAUGCCAUGAAUUCAGAAUGCUACUUAGAGAAACUCUCAGCUCUGAGUGCCAGUCUGUCACGGGUGGUUUCUUCUGCAGAGGAGGAGGAGGCUGAACUUGACCAGUUUCCUAUUGAAGGGGAGGACAUUGAAAAGAUGGAGGCAAGAGAGAAGGAACAUACACAGCAGGAAGCCCAGAAAAAGCUUUUUGAGGGCCUCAAGUUCUACCUCAACAGAGAGGUUCCCAGAGAGUCACUGGCUUUUAUCAUCAGGUGUUUUGGUGGUGAGGUGUCCUGGGACAAGUCGGUUUGCAUUGGUAGCACAUAUGAGAUGACAGAUGAGACCAUCACACAUCAAAUUGUUGACAGACCCAACAUCGACAAACAGCACAUCAACAGGUACUAUAUUCAGCCCCAGUGGGUGUAUGACUGUGUCAACGCCAAAAUCCGCCUGCCUGUGGAGGACUACUUCCUCGGAGUGACUCUGCCCCCUCACCUCUCUCCGUUUGUGGAGGAGAAGGACGGCGACUACGUGCCCCCCGAAAAAGUGAAGAUCAUGGCCUUACAACGGGGAGAAAAGCCUGCCCAUGAACAGGAGGAUGACGAUGAAGAAGAUGAGGAGGGUGAGGAUGAAGAAGAGGAGGAGGAGGAGGAUGAUGAUGAUGAUAACAACGAUGAUGAUGAUGAAGAGGCAGAAGAGAAAAACCUAAAGAAGAUGGAACAACAGAGAUCCCAGGGCAAGUCUCUGCAAGUCAAAGUGACGCCUGGAAAAGUGAAGGUAGAAAACACAGUACGCUUGGAGCAGGAGGAGAAAGCAGAGGAGAAACGUCUUGCCAUCAUGAUGAUGAAGAAAAAGGAAAAGUACCUCUACGACAAGAUCAUGUUUGGAAAGAAAAGAAAAAUCAGAGAGGCUAACAAGCUUGCUGCCAAGAGGAAAGCCCAUGAUGAUGCAGAAAAAGCAAAGAAGAAAAAGACACGAAAAUAACUCGUGAUGAUGUCUUCUUCAGAUUGACUUUUUGUGUAUUUAACUUCAUGAGAUAGAGUGCAUUGCAGGUUGACAUGUCAUGAAACCUGAGCGUGCAUUAGACAGCCCUGUGAGUGAGUUACAUGCCCCAUGACGUGGGUGUGAUAACCUCUGCAUAAUCUCCAGAUGAAAUGCAGGAUGUGGCAUAUGCUAGUUGUGUAAUUAUUGAUGUAAAAGUGACUUUGUCCUCAUUUUGUUUGUAUGAAUUCUGCUCUACUAUUCUACAUUACACAAUGUAUUCCACUUUUAAAAUCUGUACUUAAAACCAUCUGAAUUUUAAAGUAAAGACAUUAUGUUAUUA